AUGGCUGUGACUGAGGGCUCACUUCAGCAGUGCCACACAAUCCCUGUCCAUGGUGCUGAAAUUACAAUGCUGCCCAUGAGCACCACUGAAGGGCAGCAAAGGAUACCUAACCAGCAUUACCACCCAGCUCUUGACUGUGGCCUGAGUAUGGGCAGUGAAGGAGGAAUGAGUUUUCCUUCUCAGAUUGUUUCAUUGGAAGGAGACCCAGUGUUAGUGGAUGAGCAGUCAGCGACCUCCUUCCUGUCCCGUUCGCUUCUCUAUAACAGUUGGGACUUUGAGCUGGUGGUGACUGACAACCUGGAGAGGGAGUGCGUGGAAGAGAGGUGCAGCUAUGAGGAGGCCAGAGAGGUGUUUGAGGACGACACUAUGGCGCAAGCAUUUUGGAAGGACUACAGUCAAGAGUAUGCACCCAAAGUGGAUGUGGCAGGGCUGGUGGCAGGGAUCCUGGCUGCCCUGCUGUCUGCUGCUAUUGUCACUGUGCUGGGAAUCUACUGCUACAAAGCCAAGAACAAGAGUGGACAGAGGUCAACCCAGUAA